AUGGCCACACCAUCAAAUCGCCGCAUCCAAAUCCUCCUCUCCGUCGAUUUCGACGCGGUCUCCGGCUUUCUCGGAACAGGAGCAUCGCCCACAAACGGCCUGUCGGACUUCAGCAGCGGCUAUUUCGCAGCGCAAGUGGGCGUCCCCCGCCUGCUGCGCCUAUUCCAGAAACAUGCAAUUUCGUCCUCAGUAACUUGGUUUGUGCCGGGGCAUUCGAUGGAGUCGUUCCCCCAUGAGACACAGGCCAUUGUCGACUCGGGCGCUGAAAUCGGAUGUCAUGGGUACGCGCAUGAGGGUGCACCGCAGCUCUCUGAGGAGCAGGAGAAGGAUGUUAUUGAGAAAUGUGUUCAGCUUGCGACGGAUUUAACGGGGAAGAAGCCGCUUGGUUGGAGGGCACCUCUGUACCAGCUUAGAGAGCAUACGGUCAAGGUUCUCGAGGAACAAGGGUUCCUAUACGACACGUCUUUAACACACCAUGAUUCUGCGCCAUACUUUCUCCUUUCCAGAACAACUCCCAAACCGAUUGACUUCUCGCCAUCCGUCCCGGCCUCAUCCUGGAUGCACCCGCUCCCACCCCCAGCACCACGAACAGCAAGCACACUGGUCGAAAUUCCAUGUAACUGGUACAUGGAGGACAUGACGCCCAUGCAAUAUCUCCCCGCUGUAGCAAACUCGCACGGCUUCGUCAGUCCAGACACGAUCGAGCAGAACUGGAAGGCCCGGUUCGAGUAUCUCUACCACGAGACCAUUGAUGGCGCGACGCAGGACUUUGUCUUCCCGCUCGUUCUGCAUCCGGAUACGAGUGGAAUGGCGCAUGUCAUUGGCAUGAUUGAUCGCGUUAUUGAGUGGUUGAAGGGGUGGGAUGGUGUGGAGUUUUCUACGUAUGGUGAUUGUGCGAAGCAAUGGAAGGGGAGGCAGUAA